CUAUAAAGUAAACCCUUGGGCUACAGUCGUUGCAGCUGCAGCUCAGCUCAGGAGCAGCAUACCAUUAUAUGGGGUUGUUUGGAUCGGUGACUCAACUUGCCACAACUCAACUUAGCCAUGCCAUAACUAGUUAGCCUAGUGUUUGUUAGACUAACGCACCUUAGGCUGCCAAAGAAAAUGUGGCAGCUCUCAAGUACAUUGCAGUAGCAUUUUGCGCCGGACUUGUGGCGCUGAAUUCGUUCGCCUCACUUGCGGCUCACUUGUGGUGUGAAAGGUGAGACUUGUAAAAGCUGGUGUUAUGCUCACCUGCCCAAAGAAAAUGGCGCGAAGCAGUGGCGCGAAAUGAGAAAAAAAAGGCGGGAGUCUCCUGGGAAAAAGCAUCUGACACCAACAGUGCUCUCUCUCUCUCUCUCUUAUCAUCUCUACUCCCACAUGCUCUCUCUUCUCUCUCCCCAGAUUUUUCUCUCGAAGCAACUCAAGCAUCAGGAGCAUCAGGCUUGAGUCAUGGUCUAGGCUGCAAUUGCAAGUUCAUAUUGGUGAGGAGUCGCUGGUGUGACUAGAGUAGGAAUUGGGACCAUCACGAUGGACCGAAGGAAACAAAUAUAUUUACAGUACUACUUCAGCUACUACUACCAAUAUUACAUAUGGAGGAGAAGGUUGCUUGUUGCUAUUGCCAUAUGUGUAGCUAGUUACUCAUAUUUGCUUGACAUGAGAAAAAGGCAGCGAGAAGGUGUAAGAUAUUCUCCCAUGCUUCUUAGAGAUGUGGAGCGAGAUGCACGGCUAAAUCGUUUGUUUAAUGGUACCGAGGCCAACUGUGUUUCUGAGCUACGGAUGCGAAAAGCCAUUUUUCAUAAGCUUUGUGGUCAUUUCAGAUCGCGUGGUCUUUUAGUAGACACCUUGCAUGUAACAGUGGAAGAACAGAUUGCAAUGUUCAUGCAUAUAGUGGGACAUAAAUGGUGUAAUAGGUCAGUUGGUUUUGAGUUUUUUCGAUCGGGUGAGACAGUCAGUAGGUACUUCAACGCUGUUCUGGAUUCACUUGUUUCAAUUUCUAAGGAACUAAUAUACAUCAGAAGCACUGAAACACAUCCAAAGAUCACAAGUAGCCCAGGAAGAUUCCACCCGUAUUUUGAGGGGUGCAUAGGAGCUUUGGAUGGUACUCAUGUACCAGCAUCUGUCCCUGCACAUAUGCAGGACAGAUUUAGGGGUAGAAAGAAAUCUCCCACUCAAAAUGUCCUUGCGGCUGUUGAUUUUGACUUGCGAUUUAUUUAUGUCCUUGCUGGAUGGGAGGGAUCAGCCCAUGAUUCACAUGUGCUUCAAGAUGCUCUAAGCCGCCCUAGUGGUCUAAAAAUACCAGAAGGAAAAUUCUUCCUAGCCGAUGCUGGAUAUGCAGCAAGACCUGGUAUACUACCCCCAUACCGUGGUGUUCGUUAUCACCUUAAAGAAUAUAAAGGUGGUAGAGAACCUCAAGAUUACAAAGAACUAUAUAACCAUCGUCAUUCGUCAUGUAGAACAACAGUUGAACGGGCAUUUGGAACCCUGAAAAAUCGAUUUAAUAUCCUCAAGAGUCAGCCAAAUUUCCCUUUGAAAACACAAGUGAAGACAGUGAUUGCUUGUUGUACGCUUCACAAUUGGAUACUGGAUAAUGGUGAUGAUGAAUAUGUAUAUGACCAUGAAACCUGGUAUAGAGUCUUGCCAAGGAGCAAUAGGGUAUAUCAAGAUAUCCGUGAGGAGAAUGAGGCUUGGGUGCUUAAACGAGAUCAGAUGGCACAAGCUAUGUGGCAAGAUAAAGCUGGGCAAUCUACUUCUGCAGCUAAUUAAGAUAUAUAAAAUGAUGCUAGCUAGCAUGUAGUUGUGGGUCUAUAUUUAUCUUUUCUGAAGUAUUGCUUAAAUUCCUAGUAUGUGUUCUCCUAGAUUCUUGCCUUGCAGCAAAGUUCUUUGUGCCACAUCAGAUUUAUGUAUGAAACAUCUUUUAUUAUUGUGAGAUGCAUGCUAUUUUAUCU